UCAACUGUAUGCAACUGUCGUGAUAAUACAAGUUGUAAUGCUAUAACUGGACAUUGUAAGACUGGUUUAUGCGAUCCAGGCUGGCAUGGCCCCAGCUGUGACAAAGUUUGUGACUACAGAAGAUUUGGUAUUAACUGUUCAACUGUAUGUGACUGUCGUGAUAAUACAAGUUGUAAUGCUAUAACUGGACAUUGUAAGACUGGUUUAUGCGAUCCAGGCUGGCUUGGCCCAAGCUGUGACAAAGUUUGUGACUAUCGAAGAUUUGGUAUAAACUGUUCAACUGUAUGUAACUGUCGUGAUAAUACAAGUUGUAACGCUACAAGUGGACAUUGUAAGACUGGUUUAUGCGAUCCAGGCUGGCUUGGCCUCAGUUGUGACAAAGUUUGUGACUAUCGAAGAUUUGGUAUUAACUGUUCAACUGUAUGUAACUGUCGUGAUAAUACAAGUUGUAAUGCUAUAACUGGACAUUGUGAGACUGGUUUAUGCGAUCCAGGCUGGCGUGGCCUCAGCUGUGACAAAGUUUGUGACCAUCGAAGAUUUGGUAUUAACUGUUCAACUGUAUGUAACUGUCGUGAUAAUACAAGUUGUAAUGCUAUAACUGGACAUUGUGAGACAGGUUUAUGCGAUCCAGGCUGGCUUGGCCUCAGCUGUGACAAAAGUACAAACAAUUUUUAUUCAUUCAACAAAUGGAGGAAAUUAAUGUCAAUGUAAAAUUAGUUGUUGGUAUGAUUUCUCCGAUUACGUUGGCUUUUAUUUGAAUGAAUACAUUAUUCACUUUUUGUAUACUAAAGCUAAGAUCA